GGAAGUGACGUAGGAGUGUCAACAUGCAAGAUGGCGGCCCAUCACCGGCAGAACACGGCAGGGCGGAGGAAAGUGCAGGUUUCCUAUGUUAUUCGAGAUGAAGUGGAGAAGUACAAUCGAAAUGGAGUGAAUGCCCUGCAGCUAGAUCCAGCACUGAAUAGACUUUUCACAGCCGGUCGAGACUCCAUCAUAAGAAUAUGGAGUGUCAAUCAGCACAAGCAAGAUCCAUAUAUAGCAUCUAUGGAACACCAUACCGAUUGGGUAAAUGACAUCGUACUCUGUUGUAAUGGGAAAACAUUAAUAUCUGCUUCUUCUGACACGACAGUAAAAGUAUGGAAUGCACACAAGGGAUUUUGCAUGUCAACAUUAAGAACACACAAGGAUUAUGUAAAGGCCUUAGCAUAUGCCAAGGAUAAAGAACUGGUAGCGUCGGCUGGGUUGGACAGGCAAAUAUUCCUUUGGGAUGUGAAUACUCUAACAGCAUUGACUGCCUCAAAUAACACUGUCACAAGUUUGCAUCGAGACAGUGGUUCAUAUUUUGAGAGUGCUUCUACCUACAGCGUUCUAGCCCCCAAGAGUAUGAUUGAACAACAAGGAGCUAGUUCCUCACUGCAGUCUAAAAAUGCUUCUUCUUUAAGUGGGAACAAAGAUUCCAUUUAUAGCCUGGCCAUGAAUCAACUGGGAACAAUCAUUGUAUCAGGGUCCACUGAGAAGGUGUUAAGGGUAUGGGAUCCAAGAACAUGUGCAAAACUAAUGAAGCUUAAAGGGCACACAGAUAAUGUAAAAGCAUUGCUGUUGAACAGAGACGGCACACAGUGUCUUUCUGGCAGUUCUGAUGGGACAAUUCGCCUUUGGUCCCUUGGCCAGCAGAGAUGUAUAGCAACAUACCGAGUCCAUGAUGAAGGUGUUUGGGCCCUGCAAGUCAAUGAUGCCUUCACACACGUGUAUUCUGGAGGAAGAGACAGGAAGAUUUAUUGUACAGACCUAAGAAACCCUGAUAUUCGGGUGCUAAUUUGUGAAGAAAAAGCACCGGUUCUCAAGAUGGAGCUUGAUAGAUCUGCUGAUCCCUCCCCUGCAAUCUGGAUUGCAACAACUAAGUCUACAGUAAACAAAUGGACAUUGAAGGGAAUUCAUAAUUUCAGAGCCUCUGGAGAUUAUGACAAUGACUGUACAAAUCCUAUAACACCCCUUUGUACACAGCCUGACCAGGUUAUUAAAGGGGGUGCUAGUAUUAUUCAGUGCCACAUUCUUAAUGAUAAGAGACAUAUAUUAACCAAAGAUACCAAUAAUAAUGUGGCAUAUUGGGAUAUAUUGAAGGCAUGUAAAGUUGAAGAUCUGGGCAAAGUAGAUUUUGAAGAUGAAAUUAAGAAAAGAUUUAAAAUGGUGUAUGUGCCAAAUUGGUUCUCAGUAGACUUAAAAACAGGGAUGUUGACUAUUACUUUGGAUGAAAGUGACUGUUUUGCUGCUUGGGUUUCUGCAAAAGAUGCUGGUUUCAACAGCCCUGAUGGGUCAGAUCCCAAAUUGAAUUUGGGAGGUCUUUUACUCCAGGCACUCCUAGAAUAUUGGCCAAGAACACACAUAAAUCCAGUAGAUGAAGAAGAAAAUGAUGUAAACCAUGUAAAUGGGGAGCACGAGAACCGAGUACAGAAGGGAAAUGGAUAUUUUCAAGUGCCCCCGCACACACCCGUGAUCUUCGGCGAAGCUGGAGGUCGCACACUGUUCAGGCUGCUGUGCCGAGAUUCCGGGGGUGAGACAGAGUCAAUGCUUCUUAAUGAGACGGUGCCACAAUGGGUAAUUGACAUCACUGUGGAUAAAAAUAUGCCCAAAUUCAACAAAAUUCCUUUCUACCUCCAACCUCAUGCAUCUUCAGGAGCAAAAACCUUAAAAAAGGAUAGACUCUCUGCUAGUGACAUGCUUCAAGUCCGGAAAGUUAUGGAACAUGUUUAUGAGAAAAUUAUCAACUUGGAUAAUGAAUCUCAAACAACUAGCUCUUCUAAUAAUGAAAAAUCAGGAGAACAGGAAAAAGAAGAGGAUAUUGCUGUAUUGGCAGAGGAGAAAAUUGAACUUUUAUGCCAGGACCAGGUUUUGGAUCCAAAUAUGGACCUUCGAACAGUGAAGCACUUCAUAUGGAAGAGUGGUGGUGACCUCACCCUGCAUUACCGUCAGAAGUCCACGUGAAGGGUGGGCUAAUGCUCCUGGGUAUUCAUUUACUACCUUCCUCUAUGGCCCCAAGAGUAGUCCUAGGAAGCCCACUGAGCCCCAACGGGAGCAAGACUCCUAAUGGCCGACUUGGUAUGGACUGAGAUUAUCUUUCAAUUGAAGUGACUAAUUGAGAUGUAAUAUAGAAACCAGUCUCCAUGUGUAGAUUAAGCUGUCCCCAGAGGAGCAGAGUGCAAGAGCAGAAGAGCCCCAAGCAGACACUGUCUUGCGAGAUGUACAGAGAACUGACAACAGGCCAGUGCAGACUUUGCUUCCUCCUUUUGUUUCAAAGGACCUUAUCUUUGUUAGCACUUGUUAGUGACACAUUGGUCAGGACACAUCUGUCACUGUGUUUCGACAUCAAACCUGCAUACUCUGUAGCUUUUCUAAGAGAGUACAUUCCAUUCAUGCAGUAGCUAUGAAGGCUUUUUCCAAGUUUGUCAUAAAAAAAUUGUUUUCACCAUUUAAGAUAGUUAUUUUUAAUGGGUAUUUGCUGUUGCACAAUUUGAGAACCAGCCCGUUUCAUAAUAAAUGAUUAAUGUUGGGCUUGUUUUUAAUAUUGCAUCUCAGAUGUGUUCUUGUAAGAAGAUGUGUUGAAAUUCCAGGUGCUGGAAUCAUAGCGCUUGGACUGCUGGGCCAGAGUUUGCGCAGCCUGUGCCUAGCGAUGCUGCACUCCCCCAUAACGCCCUGGCUGUGCAGCAGCCCCAGGGAGGUGCAGCUGUUUCACCCCUUCCUCCACUGUGUCCAGUUUUAUUUAUAGGCAAAGCCAGCUGAGACCACAGGGUCUUGCUCUAGUGAGCAGCAUGACAUCAUCAAAACUUAAGACCAUGAUGAAAUUUUAAUUUCAUUCAAAUGUUACUUAAAAACUUAUAGUGUCAGAGUAAAGGGAUAUCAUAGUGAGUUAAUUUGAUAUUCAUAACCUAGAAGUAUACAUAUUUGUUUUUCCAAAGUUUUAUAUGCAGGCUUUUGUUGUACCUGUAUCCUGGUCUUCUUUUCACUGUUCUUUCUAACAGUCUAAAGCUUUCAUAGAAUCAUUUGGAUCUUGUACAGAAUAUAACUUAUUGGGGAUACAUACUUCAACUUUUGGCAGAAAAUACUUUGGAUUUCCCCAAGGUCAUUUGUAUUCAGACUAGAUUAAUGGUCCACCCCCAUAAAACUACAUACGACAAGCCUCCUGUACGAAGCCAGAAGCACAAGUGCCUUCAGAGGGCAGUUUAUUCCAGUCCAGUUGCCUCCCCAGCUUGUGUGUGGCUUGUCCCCACAAUAGCAGGGACUGGGGAGGGGGGUGGGGGAAGGUUUUUUCUUUUCUAUAUCUUCACAGGUUCAGCUGGGGGCAGCUGAUGGGCCCAGGUCCAUACCUUACUUAAGAGAUAUUCUGAUCCGCACAACUGCAGAGACAGGGUUCCCUCACUGCUGGCCAGCUUCCUUUGGAACGUGAACAAGCCAUUGUCUCCUGCACUUUGAAGUGAACAAAGACAUGGCCACAUUUCCAAUGAGCUGAAAUGGUCAUUAUCCCUUCCUCAGAGAGCAACCAGCUUCUUUUUUUUAAAAGUCCUUUCUAUCUAUCUGUUGGAUACAACAGUGCACUUUUGGUGUACAUUUUUUAGCAAUAGUUGUGAAUUAAUGGCAAAAAAAAAAAAAUUUACCAACCCUCAGUUGUGUUUGCACGAGGGGCCUUUGAGCUGAAGAAAUGGGUUUUGCUGGGUUAUUUUGCCCUGUGUGCUGAGCCUUGGGUGGUUGCGCUCCCUUCCUGUCAUAGAUCUGACCCCCAGCAUGAUUGUACAUUUUUUUCCCCCUCCAGUCUAACCAGUAAUAUGAUUUCCAGAAAAUUUGACAGUCUGCAAUGCCAAAAGAGUAAAAAUCUGUAUUUCACAGUUGUAUAGAAUAAAGGCUUUAGUUAAAAUA